CACCGGCGGGAGCGGGGCAUGCCGGGCCUGGCGGCGGGCGGGAGCGGCCAUGCCGUACGCCAACCAGCCCACGGUGCGCAUCACCGAGCUCACGGACGAGAACGUCAAGUUCAUCAUCGAGAACACGGACCUGGCGGUGGCGAAUUCCAUUCGGAGAGUGUUCAUCGCAGAAGUCCCCAUCAUAGCCAUCGACUGGGUGCAGAUAGAUGCCAACUCCUCUGUGCUUCAUGAUGAAUUCAUUGCGCACAGGCUGGGUCUCAUCCCACUCACUAGUGAUGACAUUGUGGAUAAAAUGCAAUAUUCCAGAGAUUGCACGUGUGAUGAGUUCUGUCCGGAGUGCUCUGUAGAGUUCACCCUGGACGUCCGGUGUAAUGAAGAUCAGACUCGUCACGUCACAUCCCGCGAUCUCAUCUCCAACAACCCCCGGGUCAUUCCAGUAACAUCUCGGAGCAGAGACAAUGACCCCAACGACUAUGUGGAGCAGGAUGACAUCCUCAUUGUGAAGCUGCGGAAGGGCCAGGAGCUGAGGCUGCGAGCCUAUGCCAAGAAGGGCUUUGGCAAGGAGCAUGCCAAGUGGAACCCCACGGCCGGUGUCGCCUUUGAGUACGACCCAGACAAUGCGCUGAGGCACACCGUGUACCCCAAACCAGAAGAGUGGCCCAAGAGUGAGUACUCGGAGAUCGAUGAGGAGGAUGCUCAAGCUCCCUACGAUCCCAAUGGGAAGCCAGAGAGGUUUUACUACAACGUGGAGUCCUGCGGUUCUCUGCGCCCGGAGACCAUCGUUCUUUCUGCACUCUCUGGCCUGAAGAAGAAACUGAGUGACCUCCAAACCCAGCUGAGCCAUGAGAUUCAGAGUGAUGUCCUCACUAUAAACUGAGGUGACGCCUUUCAACAAAGUGCUGCAGGAGGUCUUUGCCUCUGCCCAGCAGUGCUCUGUAUCCCUCAUCUCCCUCUGCCUUUUCUGGCCCAGGUCUGCAUGUCAGGUGACAUCUCUUCCCUGGUCUUCCUUUCCAAGGAAUGCCAUCAUAAUGUCUAGGGUAAAGCAGAAAGGGAAUUGGUGAGCAUCUUGGCUGGGACAGGCUUUUUUUUUCAGUGUUUUAGAGUUUUAGGCCAGAGUUUGCCGAUGCAGCAGUGUACCUCAGUUACUCAACCCUACCUUGUCCAUUCUUACUAUG